AUGAGCAGAAAUAAAUUCAACCUCAAGCUACCCUUAGAUGAAGGUAACUCGCAAAAUGAGGAGCUCAUCAACAUCCUACCAUCAUAUCAGAUGUAUCGAAAUACCAUCUCUAAGAAUUUAACCCCAACCAUUGAAGACUUGAGAUUAGAGCCGCCAAUUUACGAUCAGCUUCACCAAUCCUUCCAAUCGGCACCAACAUCCCCCGAGCCAGAGUUGGAUGACAACGAGGAAACGAUAUUGGAAAACGCACACAGGCUCAAGAGGUUGACGUCUUUGAAUAAAGAGGUAGCAAAGUUGUUAAGGGUAACAAUACACCUCACCAAGAACAUCGGGAGACCAGGGGAAGCCUACAACAUCAUUGAUCCACUAAGUGUUGAAUAUAAACAGGGGGAUCCCAUUUACGGAAUAGUGCUCAUCACCAAUAAUUCUUCCCAUCCAAUUCCCUUCGACAUGUUUUCUGUGCAGUUGGAAGGGGUGUUGAGCUUUGGAAACUCCAACAGCACGCUAGUGGAUCAAUCGUUGCACACCUCCACAUUUCUAACUAUGUUUGACUUUAAUGCAUCGUGGAAUGAUGGAUUUCUCGACCGGUUGAAAUCGGACCACAACAACCCGUACAGGGCUGAUCCAUUGAGCUCAUUUGAUUCAUCAGAUAACACCUACUACCACUUGGACCCAAAAAAGGUAUUUCAACCGGGUGUCACCUAUAAAAAGUUCUUUGCCUUUGUGAUGCCAGAAAGGCUUUUGGAAAAUGGCUGUCAAUCUUCGUUGAUAAAGCACUUACAAGUGCCACCCACUUUGGGAAUAAGCAAGAGCGAAACCAUCAGUUCCUUGAGACAUAAGUGGAAAGGUGAAGCUGAAUCAAAAAAAUAUGCCUCAAUCACAAAUGACCUCUCAUUUACUGAUGCUUCGAUAAGCUAUGCUGUUAGUGCAAGGGUCAUUGGCCGAGCCAACAGCUACAAACAACUUUUGAAUGGCAAUCAUGGUAAUCAACUUCUUGGCUUGGAUGAGUAUGUUGUUGCUAAUGAGGACUACGUUUACACACGGAUGAUUCCUGUUACUCAGCCGGUGUUUGUCCUCAACCGCAAUAUGAUCAACCAAGAGGCCAGAUUAUUAUAUAAUGCGUUGAUUGAGAACAUAAAGCAAAAGUUGGCACUAGGGAAAGAGAUGCUGCAACAAGGUCACGGAUUGGUACCGUUUUCAAGUAAUGGAAGCGAGGCUGAAACUAAUCUACAUCCAACGUCAAGUUCAGUCGAGCUAUCCAAAAUGCGGCAAAUGUACAAGGCAAAGAAGAUGGAUGAUAGUAAGGUGUAUGAGGUGUUUUAUCCAAUCAAAAAGAAGCCGGUGUUUGGUGCAUCAAAGGUUGCUGGCAUGCUCGCACUUUCCACUCCCAAGAAAGAAUAUGUGAUGGAAUAUGUCAGUCCCCCUGGGUACACAAACCGCACCGCUACCACUUUGCAUAUACCGCUUGACAUUGUAUACAUCAACGACAAGCGAUCAAGUCCUCCAGAAUUUCGCUCCAUUUCGGUGGAGUUAGUAUCGCUUACAGCUAAAUCGAAAAAACAUCCAAUUCCAAUAGUUAUACACCCUGAGAUGUUAUUUGAAAACAAGAACAAAGGAACGAGCCCGUCGCAGGAUAAUUUUGAUGUACUUACAAUCAAGCGAUUUCAAAAUUACGCUCUUCAACUUUCAAAAUUGAUGAAGGAGGUGCCUGACUUGGAAGUUGACCCUGAUAUGAUUAAAAGUAUAAAAGGAUUGGCUGGUUUGACGACGAAAUAUGUACAUUUAAAGGUGCAAAAUGUUACGUUCACGUCUCGUGGCAACACUUAUCCUUCGGUGAAUCUGGUGUCCUGGGAAAAACAAGUUGUAAACAGUGAGACUACAAAGGAAAAGUUUGAGGAUGUCAAGUAUGUGAAGCAAUUGGUAAUCACGGCCGACAUGGGCUCAUUGGAAGUACGGCCCAUGCGAUUAACCGAUUUCUGUUUGGUUCCAGAUUUUCAACAUUGUCUCAUUGCCAGAAUAUACUACUUAAAGAUUGAUGUGAGGUUACAAAAUAGUGAAAAGAUUUCAUUGAGAGUUCCCGUUAUAUUGCAGAGAAGUAAGUAG